AUGGAACGCCUUGGACUGGUGUCAGUGCUGUGCGUCAGCGUGCUAGCGGCGAGCGCGCAAUCGGCGCUGCUGCCGACUCUACAUGAGCUGGUGGUCGCUGGCGACCAUCCGAUAGUGCGAAGGAGUGUAGAAUCCGUAACCGAUGAACCGUAUCAGCCUAUCAAAAAGACGGAGAUGCGCGUGCGCUCCGAAGUGGCGCUGCGCUACGCGCGCACGUCAGUGAUCACGCACGUCGCGAACCCCGACUCGCGGCCGCAGGAGGCCACCUUCCGCAUGCUGCUGCCCGACACCGCCUUCAUCAGUGGAUUCACUAUGACGAUUGGAGAGAAAUCAUACAAAGCGUACGUGAAAGGCAAACAAGAAGCUAAACAAAUUUAUACUCAAGCAGUCUCACAGGGCAGUGCAGCCGCUCACGUUGCUACUAAAGCUCGUGACUCCAACCACUUCACUGUAUCAGUCAACGUGGAAGGCAACACUACCGCCAUCUUCGAGUUGAGCUACGAAGACUUUUUAGUGAGCCGCAACGGACUGUACAGUCACGUCAUCAACCUGCACCCCGGCGCGCUAAUGCCGGUCAUGGAGGUCGUCGUGCAUAUCAAAGAAUCACAAAAGAUCGCUAAACUUAAUGUCCCUGAGCUGAGGACCGGUAACGAAAUUGAUGCGACGAAAAAUAAUGCACAAAAUCCGAUGGCUGUUAUUCAAAAUGGUACCGACGACAAGGAAGUGAUUGUUACUUUUACUCCUGACCUAAAAGAACAGAGACGACUUGCUAAAUUAUAUGUGGACAAGAGCAGCGGAGACGGUACGGCCCUCGGACAGUUUGUGGUAGAAUACGACGUAGAACGGUCCAACAAUGGUGAAAUAUUGGUAAACGAUGGCUACUUCGUGCACUUUCUCGCCCCGACCUCCCUUCCGCCGUUGAGUAAACACGUGGUGUUCGUACUUGACACGUCGUGGUCAAUGUACGGACGCAAAAUAGAUCAACUCCGUAAAGCCAUGGACACCAUACUCUCUGAACUAAAUCCGUACGAUUACUUCAACAUUGUGGAAUUCAACUCUGAUGUCAAGAUGUAUGAACUUAAGGAUGGUGAUAACAACAAGCAUAUCUCGAUUUAUAACAACGAAAACUCGGUGGUACCACCAGCGAUUGCUUCGCCAACAAAUAUAGCUAAGGCGAAAGAUAUUGUUUCUGGUUUGAGUAUUGAUGGUGCAACUAAUAUCAACAGCGCUUUGGAGGCAGCAUUAACUCUAGUCAAGAACGGGGUUCAUUUAAACACAGACGAAAACGAAAAUGACAUUGAAAAAAGGAAAUUGAUGGAAAAGUUAGAGCCAAUUAUCAUAUUUUUGACGGACGGCGAGCCGGUAGUUGGAGUGACUAACACUGACCGAAUUAUCGAACUUGUAACCGAGAAAAAUACCGGCGAUAUGAAAGCGGCGCUAUAUUCGCUUGCUUUUGGUGAUGGCGCUGACCGCGACUUCUUACGCAAGCUCUCUCUCCGCAACGACGGCUUCAUGCGGCACAUCUACGAAGCGGCGGAUGCAGCGCUGCAGCUGCAAGAUUUCUACCGACAGGUGUCAUCGCCACUCCUCGCUAACGUGAAGUUCACCUACCCUGCUAACCAGAUAAAAGAAGGGUCAGUAAGUCGGAAUGAGUUCCGCACUAUCAACAAGGGCUCGGAAGUGGUGGUGGUAGGGCAGGUUGCCGAUGACGUCACUGAGAUGACGCCACAAAUCAUCGGAUUUUCUGGCAAUGAAGAAGAGCUGGGCUGGACGCGGUAUGAAGUAGUUUCAACGGUGGCGGUGAAUCGUACCAAGGACGAGCACUUGCCGCUAGAGCGCCUGUGGGCCUACCUCACCAUCAAGCAAUUGCUGGACAAGCGCGACGCGGGCGAUCACAGCACGGGCGAGAACAGCCCUGAGAAGAAGGCCCUGGACAUAGCUCUUAAGUAUUCGUUCGUAACGCCACUGACGUCACUCGUAGUGGUCAAGCCGAAUGAAACCAACGCAGUUGAUGUGGAAUCUGCAGACAAGCUGCCCACUGCUAGCCCAGCCGCCAGAUAUACACCGUUGUCUGCGCCAGUGAAAACGUCACCACCAGCGCAACCUGCGGUAUCCUGGCUCGCACAAUCCCAGUUUCCCGGAAGACUCAGUGGAAUGAGAGUAAACAAUAUCGGUAACGGAAACUAUUAUUCAAAUAGGAUAAGUCUCGAUGAUGACUCGAUGUCCCAGGUUGGUAAUCAUAUCAUGGGCGGUGGGGACUUUGAUGGAAACUUCCGUAUAAGUGGUGGCAAUGGCAAUGGUUUUGGGUCUUCGAGAUUUGGGGGAUUUGGACACAGUUCUAGCAGUAUGAACAGAGGAUGGGGAAUUACUCAUAUCAAUAACUUAAGUAAUGGUAGACCCCGCCCCAAUUAUAUGAGCCGGUUCAACAGUAGACAGCACAUCCCUUAUCGCAGCUGGUUCAACGAAUAUGAUAACGAUAACGAUAGUGAUGAUGACUCUGACUUCUGGGGCUCUAAUGUUCCUAGUUAUGAUAGUGAUGACAGCAUACCUGUACCCGCUUCUACCACUACUACUACCACCACUACCACCACUACCACGACUACUACCACACAAGCGCCAACUACAGUUCCAAACAAGAACUAUCACCUGGAAGGCUUUGAGUGGACGUCGUCUCUACUGAACGCCAGCGUGGACGCUCUUACUGUGCUCGGAGGAAAUGGCGAACAAGUCUUCCUGAAGCUCACCACUGAUAUCAACCCUCCAGUAGCAGUGAGCGGAGACGUCGCGUGCUCGAACAGCACGUACGCAGUCGACACGAGCGACGAGACGGGCAGCGUGUGCGUCUACGUCACGCGGUGCUACGCCGCGCGCAGCAUUACUGCCGACGACUAUCAGAACAGCUACUGCGUUGUCAACGACAGGUAUGCUGGUGUAUGCUGUCCUAGAGACAAGGUUGAGAUAGAUAUUUAAAUUACUAUGGAUAAAAGUAAUUUAUAAUGAAACGUAUUAUUAUUUAUUUUUAUAUAUUUUAUGUUAAUUUCAA